CACAAAGCAAAAGUCAUAACCUUUGACACUCUUCUCAACAUCUCUCUCUCUCUCUCUAUCACAUACACAAACAAACAAACAAUCAAGAACAAUCUUUCUCUUUUAGUAUUUUUUAUCCUAAUCUCUCCUGGGUGACUUCUCUUGUUUAGGUGUUCAAAUGGAUCUCAUUUUCUUUCAUGGAGCUUUUGUUUUGUUUUCCUUGUUAUGAGCCAACUUUAUCUUUCUUGCUAUAGAAAAAAAAAGAUCUCAUCUAUUUUAGGAAGAAGGAACUUAUGGUGUUUGGUUUUAUCAUAGGGUGUGUAGGUGUCUUGGAUUUGAUCUAAAUUAGCUUUAAAGGUACACUCUUUUCAUGUCUUAUCGGUUUAGAUUCACUAGGAUUUGGAAUCUGGGGUCUUUUGUUGGUUGCAAUUAGUCUGUGAAUUGAGGUGUUGGGGUUUUCUUGUUGUAUUAUCUUAAGAAAAAAAAAAAGAAAUGGAGGAAGUUGAAGUUGCUAGCAAAUCAGCUAUGGAAAGCUGUCAUGUUGUCUUGAAUCUCUUGUCACAACAACAAACCAGUUGUGAUUUUAAAUCUCUCAUGGUUGAGACAAGUGAAGCAGUUUCCAAGUUGAAGAGAGUAUCGUCUCUUUUAACGAGAGGACCAGGUCAUGCAAAGUUUAGAAGACUCAACAACAAGUUUAGGCCAUCUUUUCCUCAGCAUAUCUUCGUGGAGAGCUCUAUUUCCUGUGGUAACGAUGUGAGUAGUGAUUACACUCAAGUUCUCGCACCAGAGCCUCUUCAGAUGGUUCCAGCUCCAUUGAUGCUUAGCCACAAAAUGUGUUUGGAGAAGUCGUUUCUGGAGUUAAAGCCGCCGCCACCGCCUUUUCGAGCUCCUCCUUAUCAGUUAAUCCACAACCACCAGCAGAUAGCUUACUCUAGGAGCAGUAGCGGUGUAAACCUGAAGUUUGAUGGAGCUGGUAGUAGCAGUUGCUAUACUCCGAGUGUGUCUAACGGAUCAAGAUCAUUUGUAUCGUCUCUUAGCAUGGAUACUAGUGUGGUGGAUUACGAUAGGAGCUCGUUUCAUCUAAGUGGAUUGUCACGUGGGUCUGACCAGAUAUCUAAGAAGAUGUGCUCUGGUAGUUCCAAGUGUGGAAGUCGAAGCAAAUGUCAUUGUUCCAAGAAAAGGAAACUUAGGGUGAAACGAUCAAUCAAGGUGCCUGCAAUCAGCAACAGGAUUGCAGAUAUACCUCCAGAUGAGUACUCAUGGAGGAAAUAUGGUCAGAAACCGAUCAAGGGCUCACCACAUCCACGGGGAUACUACAAGUGCAGCAGUGUGAGAGGCUGUCCUGCGAGGAAGCAUGUGGAGCGAUGUGUAGAUGAAACUUCGAUGUUAAUUGUGACUUACGAAGGCGAGCAUAACCAUUCAAAACUGUUGUCUUCACAAUCAGCUCACACUUGAUGAAACAGAGUCAGUCAAUGCUUGUCCUUCUUGCGUCUACUCUAGGAUUUGAAGUACUAUGUAUUAGAUUCAAGAAACUGGUCUUUGUAGCUGUGUUUUGCAAUUGUAUAUUCCACUUUGACAUGAGUUAUAAGAGCAUUUUGUGAACUCA